UUCCCGGCCCGGCCCCUGCCCCAGGGGGCCCCGCUCGGAGGGAAGAUGCCGGUGACCUUCGAGGAUGUGGCUGUGUAUUUCACCCAGGGGCAGGGGGCUCUGCUGGACCGCGCUCAGAGAGCCCUUUACAGGGACGUCAUGCAGGAGAACUAUGAGAUGGUGACCUCGCUGGGAUUCCCCAUUCCCAAACCUGAUCUGAUUUCCUGGCUGGAGCGAGGGGAAGAGCUAUGGAUCCUGGAUCCCCAGGCCUCCGAAGAAAGGAAGAGCCCAAGAGGCACCCACACAGCAGGUGAUAGGACAGUGAGUGAGAACAAGGAGGAGAAUCAGCAGGAGGAAGGUCCUGGGAAAGUGAAAACACAGGGGACAUUUUUGAGAGCUGAAGGGAAUUUUUCCCAGUGCUUGGAACAGGGAAAUGCCUGGGGAGAUCGACACAGAUCAGAGAUGCAGCUGGGAAACUAUCCCGAGAAGAAACUAGAUGAAUCCAUUCAAGGUGGUGGAGGAUGCAAGGAUCCCAAGGAAGCCACAGUCCAGCAGACAAGUCACAAUGAAGAGAAACCCUACAAAUGUUUUGACUGUGGAAAAAGAUUCCAUUUUAGUGCAUUCCUUAUUAGACAUCGGAGAACCCACACAGGAGAGAAGCCCCAUAAAUGCCUGGACUGUGGGAAAAGUUUUGGUGAGAAGUCAAACUUUAUUAUGCACCAGAGACUGCACACAGGAGAGAGACCCUAUAAAUGCCUUGAGUGUGGAAAAAGAUUUAGUCAGAGGUCACAGCUUAUGGCACAUCACAGAACCCACACAGGAGAGAAGCCCUAUAAAUGCUUAGACUGUGGGAAAAGCUUCAGUAGGAAUCCAUAUUUAACUAUACACCAGAGACUGCACACAGGAGAGAGACCUUAUAAAUGCCUCGAGUGUGGGAAAGGUUUUAUUGGAAGUUCAUCCCUUACUAAACAUGGAAGAAUCCACAUCGGAGAAAGACCCUUUCAAUGCUAUGAGUGUGGGAAAGAUUUCAUUCUUUGGUCACACCUUAAUAAGCAUCAGAAAACCCACACAGGUGACAAACCCUAUAAAUGCCUUGAUUGUGGGAAAAGUUUCAUUGACAAAACAAAACUUACUAGUCAUCAGAGAAUCCACACAGAAGAGAGACCGCAUAAAUGCUUGGACUGUGGGAAAAGCUUUAUUGAGAAGUCACUACUUAUUAUACACCAGAGAGUGCACACAAAGGAGACAUCUUUUAAAUGCCAUGAGUGUGGGGAAAGUUUUAGUCAGUGGUCACUCCAUAUGGCACAUCAGAGACUGCACAUGGGAGAGAGACCCUAUGGAUGCCUUGAGUGUGGAAAAAGUUUUAGCAAAAGUUCAUACCUUACUAAACAUGGGAGAAUCCACACAGGAGAAAAACCCUAUAAAUGCCUUGAGUGUGGGAAAAGUUUCCAUUUCCAAUCAGGCCUUAAUACACAUCAGAAAACCCACACAGGCGAGAAACCCCAUAAAUGCUUAGACUGUGGGAAAACUUUCAGUCAGCACUCACACCUUACUCAACAUAGGAGAAUCCACACGGGAGAGAAACCCCAUAAAUGCCUGGAAUGUGGAAAAACUUUUGUUCAGCGCUCACACCUUAUUAAACAUGGAAGAAUCCACAUGGGGGAAAGACCUUAUAAAUGCCUUGAGUGUGGGAAAAGCUUCAGUAAAAGCUCAGCGAUUACCAAACAUCAGAGAAUCCACCAUGAUGUAAGAGAUCCUAGAAAUAGCUUGACUGCAGGAAAAGAGUCAAUUUGACUUCCCGCGUCAGUGCCCCACACAACAGAGAGACCUUGAAUGUGAGGGAGGCUUCAUUUGAUGCUCCAGGAGUAUCAGGCAUCAGCAAAUCCGCACAGUGAAGAAACCUCUUAGAUGUUCUCAGUGUGGAAAAUGCUCCAAGUGGAGCUAACACCAUGUUGGACAUCAGAGACUCCUCCACACAGCAGGGCCAUUCUCUGAGUGCCCUGACUAGGGCUGGCCAUGGUGACAAACCCAUUUCUUCAUUCCCACACACAUCAGGGGCAUUUGGCUCUCAAGGAUCCAGCUGCCCAUCACUGCGGUGAGGAUCCAGCAGCAGCCGAGCAUCAGCUGGUCAGUGACCCUCUGGCUCUGCCGGGUCUCAGCAAACCCCAGGCAGAGGAGGAGAAGCCCCGAUCAGCCCCUCCUCCCUGCUGCAGCCCUGGCUGCUGAGCUGAUGGGCCAAAGGUGGGGGAAGGGAGAGAGAGAAACUCCUCCAUCCGCUCCCUCUGCCUGGCUGAAGUUCCCUCCUCUCCCUUCCCCUCCCAGCUGGGAUCCCCCUGCCAUGGAGAUGAGGAGAAGGACACUUGGGCCAGGCCCCACCUUCACUCUAGACCCCUGUCCCCAUCCCCCAUCUUCCACCAGCCCCUGGCCUGGGCUCCCCCACUGACCUGGAGCUGUCCCCUGCAGGACGAGUGUCCCUGGGGGCUGGUAACUCCUCCACUGCCCGAAUCCCCCAGGGCUUCAAAUCAAAUAUUGAGGGACCAGGGCGAUGGGUUUUGGGAAGGGAACUGGGGAUUGAAUGGUUGGCCCUAGUGGAGCUGGGAAGCAGGAGGAGCUGGGUGCUGAGGUAUCGAGUGUUUGGGGAUCAUGGGAUAAGAGGCGAGGGAGAGCACAGGGGUAGCGACGUGCUGCUUCUCAUCACUCACCCCCUCGGCCCCUUCUACCUGCUUCCUCUGCAUUCAGACAGCACCAUUAUCAGAGCCUGGUUUGCACAGGGCCUUUUCUUGGAAGCCUGGAUUUCCCACCUCUGCUACUGCAGUAUCAGCCUCUGAGAGGGAAGCAAUGUUUCCUAUGGAUAGAGCCCUGGCCUGGGACUCAGGAGACAUAAGCUCUAUUCCCAACUCUGCCAGCAGCUUGCAGGUUGACUUUAGAGAAAUCUCUGCCUUACAGUGAGGGAAAAAAUUGGGCGUGAUAAUAUAAGCUUCCGAGUAUCUGUCCAAGGCAGGGGAAGUGGUUGGGAUUAGCUAGUGCGUCUCCUUUGUUCCUCCUCCCCUUUUUCUAGUCUAGACUGACCCUGAGCAGUUUAUUCCAACCCCCAUGAGCAAACUGAUUGUUAGAGUCACUAAGUGCCCCCUAUGGAUUGAUAUUGUCUCAUUCCCAGACAUACUGCUUCAGGUUAUGCUGAAAAGCAUUUAAUUAUUUUGUGCUGUUUCUCCCUUAUAUACCAGCAUUCAAUAGAUUCUAAAAGAGCUGGAGCAGGGACAGUAAAAUAACGUGGUGUUUUACCUUCUCUGUUAUUUGAGAGGGAUGGGGUGAGUCCAGGGGAUUCCCUCCGGCCCGCAUCAACCUCACAUGUCUUCUCUGACAGAGCAGCCUCUGCCCAAACUGUGGAGAGUUUAUCGUUUUCCUUUUCUACCCCUCCACCUUCAUGUGUGUCAUUUACCACAUUUACCUCAGUGUGCUUUGCCCACCAUGCUUGGGAAUCAGGGUUUGAUGUUUUUGAUCCUCAAUCAGGUCCUUGAGGGCUGGCGAAGAAAAUGCCACAUUCCUGAAGGGGGAAUUCAAAUGACCCUCAAAGCACAGUUUCAGCUUCAAUCCCAGCCUCGAUCUAUUGGUAAAGUGGCAUCGGAGUUUUUCCAGCCAAAUCCAGAUCAUUUGUAGAUAGGAUGUUUUUGGUUAGAUUUCUCUUUUUUUCCUUUUUCUUUUAUUAUGAUGAUGCUAAAACUUUUAUCAAUAACACAGACAAAUAAUGAGGCUGUGGUGAAAAAAGCAGGUUUAGUCUGUUCAGAAGGAAAUGUGUAAAUUUGUUCUCCAGAUUUUGAGUUUUAAGAUUCUCUGGGAUUUCACUUUAUGAAUGGGAAAGUUGUUUGUAGCCCAUUCUGCAUUGUGGGUUUUUCUCUCUUUCCCAAAGGCUGUUCUGUCACAUAUUUGAUAUUAGAUUAGUUUGAGAUAAUGGAGCUCAGAUUUAUUGAGGACUUCAAAAGACAAAUGAUCGUUUGCCAAAAUAGUCCUUUCUGAUUUUCUUUUCAAGUUUCCCUAGCCUUUGUCAUGAGAUUUUCUUGUUCUUUGAACAAUGACAAUGUUUAGUACCUAUCAACAAAAACACUGAGGGCGAGUGCUGGAUAUGCCCUCCAAGAGGUAGAGCCUGAAACAGGGAAGGAAGUUACUGCCUGAUCCCUGCAGAGAUUUGAGAUAUGCUCAGGAU